UCACGCCUCUUUGGACCCUCAUUCGAAUCACAGCUAGAGAGACCAGCAAACGACAAGCAACAACUUUCUUUCUUGGCUGCUUUUCGUUAUCCACUGUUUCCAACAAUCUACAGUUGUUUUCUUUGGCUCGUGCACAUUUAAAAACGUGUCCUUUGAGAGUCCCACCGUCAGCAUGUCUUCAGAAGCAUCAUCUCCUGUGAAGUCUACCACCCCUCCUCUGUCCCCGCUGUCGCCGAUCUCUCCGGUGUCCCCCAGCUCUCUGCGCCUGCCCGCCUGCCGCCACAGAGACCGGUCGCCCUCCCCCAUGAGGGGCUACCUGAUUCCCAGCCCCCUGCCCACCCGCCGCAACCGCACCUGCUCAGCUGCAGCGCGUGCAGCUGAGGGGCCGGUCUUCAGUGGGGUCUGCAAGUGCUUUUCACGUUCCAAAGGACACGGUUUCAUCAGGCCAUCAGACGGAGGCAAUGACAUCUUUGUGCACAUAUCUGACAUCGAGGGUGAAUAUGUGCCUGUGGAGGGAGAUGAAGUUAGCUACAAGAUCUGCUCUAUUCCACCCAAACAUGAGAAGAUCCAGGCCGUUGAGGUGACCAUCACUCAUUUAGCACCAGGCACAAAGCACGAGACCUGGUCAGGAGCGGUGUUCGAAUCAUGAGGUCCUCAAGAAGUGCAGCUCUCUGACUUGGAACUGUAUGAUAUAUCAAAAAGGGUUUCUGUUUCUUUUCUGGAGGUUUGGGGGAGGGAACAGGGCUGAAUAAAUGAAUGCCUUUAAGUGCUGUGUGUGACAAGAUGGCACAACUCCAAGACAAAUAUAAACAAAUCUUGCAUCUUUUUUUUCUUUAUUUGGGUUCAGGAAAGGUUUGUUUGAAAUUAUCUUUAUUUUUUGGUUUGUGUUUAAUUAUGUGGCAUGAACAGCAGUCAGUUGUACUUACAUUAACCAUCUAUGACUUGCUGAUUGAUUUGAAUACUCUUAAGAACUGAUCGUGCAUUCUUAACAGGAAGCCUUAACGCAUAUCUAAUAUGUAGAUUUCCCUAUUUUUUUCAUUCACUGAAAAAAAAAAAAAAACAUGUUCGCCAUGUAUGUUUACAUUGUGAAAAUAUAUCAUUUUGAUCAUUGAUCAUUUCUCAUGUGUAUGUGUGAUUCUUGCUUCAAAAAGACAAUAAAAGAUUCUUCAAAUUGUCA